AUGAGCGAUGGGGGGAGCGAGGCCGGCAGGCGAGCCCUCCUGCUGGGGGAGCCCGGAGACCCCCCGGAGCGAGGCCAGGAGAGCCGCCUGGCGCUGGAGGCGCCCAAGCUGCGAGCCGGGGCGCCGGGAGGAGGACUCAAGGAACUGCCCGCGGGGACAUCCGCUUCCAGCCCGGGCUCGUCCAAGGCCUGCGCCCCCGACACCGAGGGCCAAGCUGGGGGAGUCGAGGCGGACUACUGCCGCCGGAUCCUGGUGCGAGAUGCCAAAGGGACCAUCCGGGAGAUUGUCCUUCCCAAAGGUUUGGACCUGGACCGGCCCAAAAGAACCCGGACCUCUUUCACCGCCGAACAGCUCUACAGGUUGGAGCUGGAGUUCCAGCGCUGCCAGUACGUCGUGGGCCGAGAAAGAACGGAGCUCGCCCGGCAGCUGAACCUCUCAGAGACGCAGGUCAAGGUUUGGUUCCAGAAUCGCCGCACCAAGCAGAAGAAGGACCAGAGCAAGGACUCUGAGAAGCGGGCCACGGCCACCUCUGAGUCCUUCGCCACGUGCAACAUCCUGCGACUCCUGGAACAAGGCAGACUCUUGUCCGUCCCAGCACCUCCGACGCUGCUCUCCCCGACCUCCAACCCCAUCGGCUCUUCUUCUGGCAACGGGUCCUCUUUGGGGACCUCAGGAAGCACCUCGCCGGGGCUCAGCAGCAGGGGAAGCCCUCCCGGGACGGGGGGCUUCAACUUGCCCGUCCCCACCUUGGCCUCCUCGGCUUCCCCACGGCUCCCCACCACUCCGCUGUGUUUCAGCGGCCCACUGCUGGGGAGCCUCCACGAAUUACCUGCCAGUUACGGACUGGGGACUUCUGCCUUCGAGCCUUACAUGCGGCUGGAGAGGAAAGGCAGCACGAUACCGAGCAAGAAGCCAAGUCCUUAAUUCCUCCUC